UUCUGGGUAUAAACAAAUGCAAUAAAGUACGCAAAAUGGCGUCAGACGUGGAUAGUCCUUUGGAAUCUCCGCCGAUUGCGGUAUUUAGGGGAUUGAGAUUUAUCUAUUGGUGAAGGAAAACGUAGCAAUAAUAACCAUGGCGUCUUCCAAUACAUCGAAUGCCGGAAGUAGCCACCAGGAGCAGAGAGAGCAGAAGGUUCUUGAUGUCAUAUUUCUCUGUGACGAAUGGAAAUCUUCAAAGGGUGGAUUGUCAACUUUCAAUCGAGAAUUUGCCAUUAAUUUGGCACAAGCGACGACUGGUAGCAUGAAAAUUCACUGCUAUGUCUCUAAUAGCGAUGAUCGGGACAGAGAAGAUGCUAAACAACAUGGUGUCAAUUUAAUCACAGCUCGAAGUGUUCCUGGUUCAGCGGACCCCCACGAAUGCUUGAAGUUUCCACCCUCGCAGCUCCCAAACCCACAUCUGGUGAUAGGCCAUGGAAGAAAGCUGGGCAUUCCUGCAUAUUUUCUAGCCCAGUCUACAAAGUGUAAAUGGGUCCAAUUUGUUCACGUCUACUGCGAGGAUCUUGGGAAAUAUAAAGAAUCUGCCACGGCUGCAGAAGAUACAAUCGAAGAAAACGAGAAGAAGCACAAGAUGGAAAUUGAUUUGUGUAAAGCAGCGGAUGCAGUUGUUACCGUUGGCUCCCGUCUACAACAGAAGUACAGCAGACGUCUCCUUAAUGUUGAAGUGAAGAUUAUCACUCCUGGGAUCUUUGGAAAGUUUUCCAAUGAAUCAAAAUUGGCUGUAGACAGAUCGGUUGUAAAGAAUUUUAAUGUGUCUUUGUUUGGCCGAGCUGCCUUUGAGGAUCUUUCCCUGAAAGGCUAUGAUGUAGUUGCAAAUGCCAUUGGUUCUCUUGGUGAGAACUUUGAGUUGACAUUUGUCGGCUCAUCUCCCGGUGAACAACGAAAAGUUGAGCAAUGGUUUCUUGACAACACGUGCAUCAACCGCAAACAACUAACCAUCCGUCGAUAUUGCAGUGAACAAGAGGAACUCAAGGUGAUGUUCUAUGAGUCAGAUUUGGUUGCUCUGCCAUCCCGUACCGAAGGAUUUGGGCUCGUUGCCCUUGAGGCCAUUUCUGCUGGUGUUCCUGUUCUUGUCUCUGGUGAAUCUGGCAUAGCUGAGGCUUUGCAAAAAGUAGAAGGUGGAAACACUGUCAUUGUUGGAUCAGGUGAAGAUGAAGAUGAAUGGGCACGAAGGAUCAGAGAGAUGUAUGAAGAAAGCGCAGAAGAGAGAGAAGCCAAUGCUGUGAAGCUUCGCGAGAACUACAGGAAGGUUUACUCUUGGAAAGCAGAAUGUGAGAGGUUUAAAGGGCUGAUUGAAAAUGUUGUGAAAACUGCAAAUGGUGGUAAGUUGAAUGUUAAGGUUGCAGUUGAUGACUUGAAACCUGAAGAACAGAAUAUGCAGACUGGCAUGUUGGCAACAGAGUCUGCCAGAUGUCAAGGGGUUCAGCAGCCUAGGGCAUCUGCUACAUCAACUGCAUCUGGAAGUGUGUCCUAUUCACAGAAAGAGCAUCUCAAUGCCCUUGAAAAGGAAAUCUUUCUAUCAAUUGUGCAAAAUUAUCUCAAGACCACACCACCACAGUCCCCUGAAGAGCACAGUAGGUUCAUGGAAUACACACAAAAAAUGAAGCUCAUCAUUACUGGUGUUGCUGUAGGAAGUUUGGUGAUAACGGUGAGGUGUGAAUCUCUAAUGAUCUUGGAGGAGUUGUGGACAGAUUACUCAUCUGGUCAUCUUGGUGAAGUGGUUCAGAAUUGUUUUGUCACUGAAAAGAUCGUGAAGAAACUGAACCUGGCUGAGCUGAGGCUGAAGACAACAAUAGACAUAGAAGAGUACAAUGCAUGCAAAGCGUUCUUUGAGAAAGAUGCUCUUAGAGAUGCUUUAUCCUCUGAAUUCCACUCCACAAGUUCAACCAGUGAAAGUCCACUAACAAAAGAACAAUGGGAAAAAAGUGAACAGAAGACAAAGAUUAUGGAGUUGGCGAAAUUGGAAGAUCAGAAAUUAAACAUCAAAGUUGAUGUGGAACAUAUGAAAUGUGCAGAUCAAGAUGCUUAUAGUACAGCUUCAGUGUUAGCUUUGGAGCCAGCAGGAUAUCAGAAGGCAUCCACAGCUUCAGGCACAAAGAGAAAAACAGAAUCUGAUGCAGAUUUAGAAGAUCUCCAACCACUCAAAAAGAAAGUAUUGUGCUUAAUUGCCAUGAAUUACCUUGAUACUACACCAGCACAGAGCAGGGAUGAACACAAUGAGUUUAAGGAAUACUUACAAGAAAUGAAGGUCUUCAUUACAGGUGUUUCUAUGGAAAGGUUGGUGAUAACAGUAAAGUGUGAUUCUCUCUCGAGCUUGGAGGAAUUAUGGGAAGAUUACUCUUGUGGCCUUUUGGAUAAGAUGGUACGAGAUUGUUUUGUAACUGAAAAGAUCAUGAAGGAACUGAACCUGGCAGAACUGAAGCUGAAAACAACAAUGGACAUAGAAGAGUACAAUGCAUACAAACUGUACUUUCUUGAGAAGGAUGCACUCAGAGGUGCCUCAUCUUCUGAAUUCCACUCCAUAAGUUCAACCAGUGAAAGUCCACAAAAACAAGAAGAGCUGAAAAAAUGGAAACAGAAGACAAAGAUUGUUGAGACAGAGAAACUGAAAGGUACUUCACCCCUCACUGUAAAACCCACCACUGGUCAUGGAAAAGAACUUAUAGGAAAAGCACAGGGAAGGAAAGGCAUGCUGCCUCUUCAUGGAUCUUACACCUCUGAUCCUGAAGAAGAACUAGAAGAGCUACGUAUGAAACUUCAAAUUAUGAAAGCUACUUUGCCUUCCCCUGCACUCUUAACUGCUGCUCUUGAAGAAAAACUAAAAGAACUACUCAAAGAACUUGAGAGACAAAGAGAUAAAGGUAGUUUACCUCCCAAUUUUUUCACUAUUGAAGUAGAAGUAGACGAACUACUCAAGAAAUUUCCGAAAAGGAGGAUGGAAG